AUGGCGAAGAAAACAGUUCUCAUAACAGGCUGCAGUGAUGGUGGCAUCGGUGCCGCCAUGAGCAAAGCCUUUACCGAUCAAGGAUACCACGUCUUUGCGACACUCCGCAACACAUCCAAAGCCGCAUCGUUGGCACACACGGCCAAUGUUGAAAUAUUGCAACUCGAGGUGACAUCUUCCGAAUCUAUCAACCAGUGUGUACUUGAAGUUCAGAAACGCACUGGUGGUACCCUCGACGUCCUUGUCAACAAUGCUGGAGCAGACUUUGUCAUCCCUUUGCUCGAUGUCUCGAUUGAGGAAGCCAAGAAGCUGUACGACGUCAACGUCUGGAGCAUCCUGGCUACCACACAGGCCUUUGCGCCGCUGCUCAUCAAGGCCAAAGGAACAAUCUGCAACAUCAGCUCUAUCGCAGCAACCAUGCCACUUGCCUGGAGCGGAGUCUACAGUAGCUCAAAAGUUGCAGCAAAGCAGAUUUCAGAGACCUUGAGGGUUGAAAUGCAGCCACUGGGUGUGACUGUCAUCACCGCCGUGGUCGGUGCCGUCCACACGCCAAUCCACGAUAAGGCAGGCGAAUUGGUACUGCCUGCAAGUUCCUACUAUCGGAGCGUCAGAGAGACCAUCAAUGACCAGAGAAAGGGGCUGAAGAAGCCUGGCAGUCAGGAGGUCGACGUCACGGCCAAGAGCCUCGUCAACGACGUUGUUGCAGGGCGCGCAGGACUCACUUGGCGUGGAGGCACUGCUACCCUCGUGCGCUAUUUAAGUUGGUUAUUGCCUUCGGGGCUCUUUGAGCAUGUGAUCAAUGACGGUCGAGGACUGGAAGAUGUCUCCCUAGGAAAGGGAUAG